GAGACCAAAUCCGCCAGGGGAAGCAAAUGUCGAACAUCCUCACCAUGCAGUCCUGUAUCAUGAGAAAGAGCCCCUUUAUAUCUAAGUGGUAUUAUUCAUUUUUCCAAGGAUGGACCGAUCUCAUGCAAGAGGCCCAAUAUCGGAUAAAGCAGAUCGAGCUCGAGUCAUCCAUCCGCAGCCAGGAAUGACAGUCUCGAGGCACCAAUACACAUCACGCGAGCCCGCCAGCCCUAGUUCUGGCUUCAGGGAUAUCGCAGUAAUUCGAUUCAAGACAUGAAUUGCUCGCAUACUUCUGGACAGCACCCAUGCAGCAACAACCACACUGUCUAGACCUCGCCGGUCAACAAGUAUUUCAAGGCAGCGUGUUGCUAAUAUUCUGCGGUCAACUCGAUCUGGGGAAGCUAUACGCAUGUCAUCGACAGCUGCUGGAGGCAUGGCCUCUGUUGGCCACGCGACUAAAUAUGGUGCGUUCGCGUUUCAUACCGUCCCCGAACGCAGUAGAAAACAGCUGGUUAGCCAAGUCAAUCCCGGAGACACUGGAUAGCUGUAUGCCGUCGUUGGCCCAAUGCGCCGAUAGCCUGGCAUGUCUCAGCGACGCUGAUCGCGCAACGCUCCGGUCACUAUUGCGCUUUCCGUAUCGUCUUUCCACGCUGCUGUUUCCGCCUGUUCUGUCGGCCAAGGUGGUUGGAUUCAAGGACGGGUGGAUCUUCGAGUCGAUCAUUCAACAUCCGCUGUGUGAUGCCGCAGGCCACCACCACAUCCUCAAAGCAUACACAACCCUCCUAAAAGGAACCCCCAUCCCCUACACAAUCCACCGUCGACCCGCCCAGCCCCAGCUCGGCAACGAAGAGAAGCCGCCUCUUGACACCCCGCAGGCCAACGCAGCCCUGACAAAGGAAAUGAUCAACAUGCUUCCAUCUGUCUGCGGCGCCGGCUGGAUAGGCUUUCUUUGGAUGAUGAUCUGGGUGUGGUUCCUGCGACUAACGCAGAUCGAUCCUCGUGUAGAGAAGACUGUCCAUGUCCCUGCGUCUGUCAUUGAUCGGCUUGCUGCUGGGGCUGAGGGUAGAGGUCUGAAAGUUACGCGGGGGGAUUUGUUGAUGGGGAUUGUUCGCAGGGCCAUGACGAAAGCAUUCCCCUCUGACCCCAAUGCCGUCUUUAGGUUCUCCAUGAACAUCGCUAGAGAUCUCGAACCCCAGUCCCCAGCGGACCUCCACAAUCCCUUCUGGAUAAUCUUCGUCCCGCCGUGCAUGUCAGUGUCCGAUAACACACCAUCAAAGCAUCAUCACGAGGACGAAAAGAAUGAAGACAACCACAUAAUAACCCAAUCCACUACCCUCCGCACCGUAAUCCACACAGCCCGCAGCGCCCCCUUCCAGCACGCAUACCUCGCAAUGCACGCCAAGAUGGCAACGAAGCCUUGGAAGGAUCUGUCUGGUGAUAAGUUCAUUGGUAUCAAAUUAUAA